CGAGCGGCUGUCGCCUGAGGAGGCCUGAGGAGGCCUGAGGAGGCCUUCGCGGCCGACUUGGGACGGUCCCCCGAACCUGAGCGUCUCUCCAGGGGGCCUCAGUUCAAUCAACUAUGAAAUUAUAAUCAUAGAUGAUGGAAGCCCAGAUGGGACAAGAGAAGUUGCCGAACAACUGGAAAAGAUCUAUGGGCCAGACAGAAUUCUCCUAAGACCACGGGAGAAAAAGCUCGGCCUUGGAACUGCCUAUAUUCAUGGAAUAAAACAUGCCACAGGAAAUUAUGUCAUCAUUAUGGAUGCUGAUCUCUCACACCAUCCCAAAUUUAUUCCUGAAUUUAUCAGGAAACAAAAGGAGGGUAAUUUUGACAUUGUCUCUGGAACUCGCUACAAAGGAAAUGGGGGUGUUUAUGGCUGGGAUUUGAAAAGAAAGAUAAUCAGCCGUGGGGCCAAUUUUAUAACUCAGAUUUUGCUGAGACCAGGAGCGUCGGACUUAACAGGAAGCUUCAGAUUAUACCGAAAAGAAGUUCUGCAAAAAUUAAUAGAAAAAUGUGUCUCCAAAGGCUAUGUCUUUCAGAUGGAGAUGAUUGUUCGAGCAAGACAGUUGAAUUACACCAUUGGUGAGGUUCCAAUAUCAUUUGUGGAUCGAGUUUAUGGUGAAUCCAAGUUGGGAGGAAAUGAAAUAGUCUCUUUCCUGAAAGGAUUAUUGACUCUCUUUGCUACUACAUAAAAGAAAUUACUCAUUUAUACUUACCAUGUUCAUUUCAAUUAAAAGUAAGAGAAGCCUGGGUCACUGAUUUUUGUCAAUGCUCUCUUGAUACAUGAGCCAAAGGUAAGGUGCAUUUCAUACUGGUCAUUUCUCUGGAGAAACUCCAUUUUAUAUUUCAAACUAAAAUUUAAAGUUAGGUUUAAUAAGCAAUGUUCUCGAUUUUUAUGUACAUUGUGCUGUAUUAAGACCUAUAAAUAAAUGUAUAUAGGUUUGUGUAAAA